AUGGAGUGCUAUAUACCGUUAGAUAGGCUGAUAGCAAACGAUGACAUUGCUCAGUUAGCUAAAUCUCACGAAUCGAGAAAGUUUGUGCUGUUCGAUGAGGACUUAAAGAUGGUACUACGGUCUAAGGGUACGCUACGACGGUUCGAAGCGUGGAUUAAUGAUGCUAAAGUUUACAGUUCAUCAAUCGACAGUACAUUCGAUCGCGUAGGUAAUGUUUGGCAACUGAAAAGUGGGAUUUGUGCGAGACACUUCUUUCGAUCCAGCGUUGCAAUGAAUAAUGGGUAUAACAAUCUGAUCAAAUUCACAAUCGACUACGAUGAGAGCUCGGAAAAUAAUCAGACUACAACUCCAUUGAAUGGAGAGAUGAGCGAGAGUGAUGAUGAUAUUUUACCCAGUUUUGAACCUGUCUCGUGGGAAAGUUCGAUCAUUAAACAUACAAAGCACCUGAAUCUGGAGUCUGCAAGCCAAGCAGAAACCGAACGUACAGAAUUGGUAUAUCCAAUAUACUCCUUACUGAAUAUGAGACUGCGAAACUCAUCAUUAAGACCGCGUCAUUCAGUCAUAUCCUCUUUGGAUUUCCAAACCUCGAAGGCAUCGAUCCAGCUCAGUCAAAAAUACUUGCCCAAACAAUCAUUCGAACUGGUAUUCCAAGAAGUUCUCUACGAAUUAGUCGACAAGGAUACUCACAUCCCACUGAACCCAAUUUGUCCCCUCAAGACUCCCUUCAAAUGCGUUGCCUACGAUAGCUGGAGUCUCACCUAUCAAUUGCCCAUAGUCUCAGGAACUACACCUCAUCGUGUCAGCAUCGCUUUGAAUUACAUCUUAUCAGUACCUGAGACUCAACUACAAAUUCCCGUCAUGACCAAGUGGGAAACAGACGUAACUCUGAAGAGACCUAUGAGCAGUAAUAGUAUAUCACAGGUAUCUUCCGCCAUAUCUACACCAAGACUAUACGGCAUCUCCCCACGGAACAACGUUCUAAACUCCACAAUUUCUCUAGUUAACAACAAGUCCAACAACGUCAGAUUCAAGUUCGUCACCAACAAAGUUGUCGUAACAAAGGGCGAGAAGUUCACCCUCCAAUUGCAAAUCUUCAACUCAUCGGCCUCUGCACUCAACAUGGUCGUCUACUACAACAACAAGGUGCCCUUGCCGGAUCAACAGUCAUCUCCAGUGCCAUUGGACAAGCAAUUUCAACUAUACAAACGUCAGUGCAAGGUAUCAGAGGGUAUUAUUCUACUUUCAAAUGACUAUAAGAUUCCAACUAUAGAGCCGCACGAAACCUACCUCGUUGAUCUCGAUUUCAUUGGUAUAAUGUCGGGACUCUACUCGACUCUCUCCGGACUCAAGAUGAUCGAUCUCAAGACUAGUGAAGUAAUCGAGAUAGGCCAAGGUUGUUCAAUAUUCGUCAAUUGA